GCCCCAGAUGGAGCCCUGGGAGGAGCCCCAAAUGGAGCCCUGGGAGCGCCAGCAUCUGCUGUUAGAAAAGUCUGCACACCUUCACAUGUUGACCUUUCCUUACGUAACCUGCUGCUCCCACUACAAAAAAGUGGAGCACACAAGUCCUGGCACUGAACUUCCUGCAGGGCUUCAGGACCAGCCUGCAAGCUUCUGCUAUCAGGACCGCACCACCCUGGUUCUGCUAUCAGGACCAGACCACCCUGGUUCUGCUAUCAGGACCCUACCACCCUGGUUCUGCUAUCUGGACCGGACCACCCUGGUUCUGCUAUCCGGACCGGACCACCCUGGCUUUUCUAUCAAGACAAGACCACCCUGGUUCUGCUAUCAGGACAAGACCACCCUGGUUCUGCUAUCAGGACCGGACCACCCGGCUAUCAGCUGGGCUUGUUUGAGGAGAUAUUUGACUGUCUUGCAAGUAAAAAGAGUCCAUGAAAAUGGAACUGGAGAAAGUAGCAAAUGGUAAUCAACACACUGGAGCUGCAGUGGCGAUGGACGCAGCAGAAGUCCCAGAAGAGGAACAAAUGUUUCUGGAACACAAGAGCAAAACACCAAAGAGCCCUCAGUUUACGGACUUUGAGGGCAAGACCUCCUUUGGAAUGUCCGUCUUUAACCUGAGCAACGCCAUCAUGGGCAGCGGCAUUCUGGGACUUUCCUACGCCAUGUCCAACACAGGCAUGCUGCUUUUCCUGGUUCUGCUGAUAUGUAUUGCGUGUCUGUCCUGUUACUCCAUCCAUCUCCUGCUCCGUAGUGCUGGAUUUGUGGGUAUCCGUGCCUACGAGCACCUGGGCAUGAGAGCCUUUGGCCAGCCAGGUAAGAUCCUGGCAGGUGUGGUCAUCACGCUGCACAACAUUGGAGCCAUGUCCAGCUACCUGUUCAUCGUCAAAUCAGAGUUACCGCUGGUCAUCCAGGCUUUCCUAGGCCAAACAUCUGGCUCUGAUGAAUGGUUCAUGAACGGAAACUACCUCAUCAUCCUCGUCACUCUGGCCAUAAUCCUGCCUUUGGCCCUCAUGAAGCACCUCGGUUAUCUGGGUUACACAAGCGGCUUUUCUCUCUCCUGCAUGGUGUUCUUCCUCUGUGUGGUGAUCUACAAGAGAUUCAACAUCGCUUGCCCACUGGAAGUGUUUGGAAACUUCUCUGUCAGCGCAGACACUUCAGAGGAAGCAUGCAGCACCAAGUUCUUCAACGUCAACCAAGAGACGGCGUACGCCAUUCCAAUCCUGGCCUUUGCUUUUGUUUGCCACCCUGAAGUUCUUCCCAUCUACACGGAGCUCAGAAGUCCCACCAAGAGGAGAAUGCAGAACAUCGGCAACGUUUCCAUCCUGGCCAUGUUCGUCAUGUACUUCCUCACGGCCAUCUUUGGCUACCUGACCUUCUACGGAAACACGGAAGCAGAGCUCCUGCACACCUACAGCAAGGUGGACCCCCUGGACACUCUGAUCCUCUGCGUGCGAUUGGCCGUCCUGGUGGCCGUCACCCUCACCGUCCCCGUGGUCCUCUUCCCUAUCCGCCGGGCGCUGCAGCAGCUCCUGUUCCCUGGGAGACCUUUUCACUGGCUGAGGCACAUCAUCAUCGCCUUGUGCCUCCUGUUCACUGUCAACAUGCUGGUCAUCCUCGUCCCCAACAUCCGAGACAUCUUCGGCAUCACCGGGGCCACAACUGCUCCCAGUCUGAUCUUCAUCCUGCCUGGACUCUUCUACAUCCGCAUCAUCCCCACUGAACAAGAACCCCUCAACUCAAGACCAAAGAUCCAGGCCGCCUGCUUCACCGCCCUGGGCUUCAUCUUCAUGACCAUGAGCGUCACCUUCAUCGCCGUGGAUUGGAUGAGCGGGCAAAAACGCAGCGUGGGCGGCCAUUAAAGUGCUUGUGGCAACAGUCCUCACCUCUCUGCUGCACGCUUGGACGGCUCCUUCAUUCUACCAGGACGCCUCCUUCAUUCUACCAGGACGGCUCCUUCAUUCUACCAGGACGCCUCCUUCAUUCUACCAGGACGCCUCCUUCAUUCUACCAGGACGGCUCCUUCAUUCUACCAGGACGGCUCCUUCAUUCUACCAGGACGGCUCCUUCAUUCUACCAGGACGGCUCCUUCAUUCUACCAGGACGGCUCCUUCAUUCUUUGAGGACGUCACGGCGGCGACAGGGAAGGCGUGUCCUGUGUCCGCGCACCGGCGGCUAGCGUGGUGUCGGGAAGCCGCCAUCCUCACAACCUGACAAUUGCUAACUCGCCAUGCAACACAUUUCUUUCGCCAUUAGCCAAGUUUGCGUCAAAGACCAAACACUCGCCGCCACAAAUUGUGGUCGUUUUCUAGUUGUGGUAGCGGACUUGAAGGCAGAGACCAAGUCUGCAGUCAACCAAUCACGUGGCAGAGUGCAAGCAAACACAUUUAUUCUGGACAUUGUUCAAUAAAUAUUUUCAAAAGAUGAAAUCCUGCGUUUGAUUUG